AUGUCUAUUAAACCAGUUGAUUUAUUCAUCUCAAAUAGUGUAAAAUUGUUUGAGGUUAAUCCAUCUCAGACUACAAUUUCAUUGACUUAUAAGUUUCUAGAGAAGAAGAAGAACUCAACAGUUACUUUCAAGACAAAUAAUCCUCAUCAAUCUACCAACUAUAAAUUUCAAACAAAUAAGAGUAAAGAUGUCUCAAGAUUAUUGAGUGCAAUGGGUCCAAAGGGAGUUACAAUCGAUGCUAAAAGAAUACAUAAGAUUGCGUCGAAGAAAGAGAAGAAAAACAAUAAGUUAAAGGAAAUUGUUGGAUUAAGUAAAUUGAUAGUGAACACAGAAGUCCCGGAAUACAUUUCUGAAGCUAAUCAACAAAAAUCUAAAUCGACUGAAGGUGCACCUUCCAAAAGUAAGAAAAAGAAAUCCAAUAAUAAGAAGAAACAUUAA